CCUUCUUUCCUUUUCUCUUGAGGCGACUUCCGGCCGGGUGCCGCGCUGGCGCCGCCAUGUUCCUGCAGUGCUACGAGAACGAGCGCGGGGAGCGCGUCUACACCCUGCGGAAGGUGUCCCCGGACGGGGUCCCCACUCGCUCGGCGCACCCCGCCCGCUUCUCCCCCGAUGAUAAAUUCUCCCGGCACCGCCUGGCCCUGAAGCGGCGCUUCGGGGUUUUGCCAACGCAGCGAGGCCGGACCGUGCUCUGAGGCACCGCAGAGAUCCGCUGCGGAGCCCCGAGAUGGCCCCGAGCUCCUGGGACGGAUCUCCGCCAUGAGAAAAGGUCAAAUCGCCAUGCCAGCGGACUGCACGGAAAUGGGGGGGAAAGGAACGUUUUAAAGAGGAGGAAAAAUGAAGUAUUAAAAGUCGAGGGUCUCUGAG